AUGUAUAAUAAUAAUAAUAAUAAUAAUUUCUUCUGUUUAUUUACGUAACACUAUUGCUGUAAUGGCUCAAAUUCAUAAGCUUGAGGUUGAAGUUAAAGCUAAGUGCUGCGCAGAGAAGUUAUACGCUGUUAUGACCCGUGAUGCACCCAAGCUUCCUAAAUAUGCUCCUCAAAUAGUCCACGAUUGCCAAGUUGUUCCUGGAGAUUGUGAAGUUCGUGUAGGAAGUUUAUUUGUUUGGCACUAUGUACAGGACGAUAAACCUUCUGGCGUCAAGGCGAAAGAGAAGAUAACUGCAGUGGACCAUAAAAACAUGUCACUAACUUACACAGUUUUUGAAGGAGACCUCAAAAAUGAUUACGCAAGUUUUGCUACCACACUUACAACCACUCCAACACAGAAGGAUGGAAGCUACAAUUGCCUUGUUAACUGGUCAGUACAAUAUGAGAAAGCAAAUGCAGAUGUGCCUGAUCCAACAUACUUCAUGAAAUUACUGGAAGAUUUUACCAAGGAAGUGGAUACCAAUUUGCUCAAGGAAGAGUAGACAAAUUUGAUCUGCCUAGAUUCUAUCUAUAUAAGUGUGUGUUUGUUCUGUGAUGCCUGUUGCAUGAAGGUACGUGAUUGCUGAAAUUGAUGUUUAAAUAUAUUAGACAUCAAAAUAAAUUUAAGGGUUAAGUGGUAAAAUGCUCCAAAAUCGACCCUAAGGUUGUGAAAAUGCCCCGGACGUUAGUGAAAAGAUUGAAAUGCCCCAAA